GGCGGGAACUACCUAUAAGGUAAAUGUUUUUGGAAUGUUUGAAGGAGGAGAGAGCAACCCCCUGGUUGGACAAGAGAUGACCACCCUUUCAGAUACUACUUCGGAACCAUUUUUAUCUAGAGGUCUAGAAUGUAGAACCAGAGCAGAAGCUGAUAUCGUGCUGCUGGUGGACGGCUCAUGGAGUAUCGGGCGGCCAAAUUUUAAAACUAUCAGGAACUUCAUUGCCCGUAUUGUUGAAGUUUUUGAUAUUGGUCCUGACAAAGUACAGAUUGGUCUUGCACAGUAUAGUGGAGAUCCCAGGACAGAAUGGAAUCUCAAUGCUUACCGAACCAAACAGGCUUUGUUAGAGGCUGUAGCCAACCUACCAUACAAAGGAGGCAAUACUCUAACAGGAAUGGCCUUGGAUUUCAUCUUAAAAAACAACUUCAAACAAGAUGCAGGCUUAAGGCCCAGAGCUCGCAAAAUUGGUGUUCUCAUCACUGAUGGCAAAUCACAAGAUGAUGUAGUCACCCCUUCAAGAAGACUCAGAGAUGAGGGAGUGGAACUUUAUGCGAUUGGUAUUAAGAAUGCAGAUGAAAAUGAAUUGAAGCAGAUUGCAACGGAUCCAGAUGACAUCCAUGCUUACAAUGUUGCAGAUUUCUCGUUUCUGGCUAGCAUUGUUGACGAUGUAACCACAAAUCUGUGUAACAGUGUGAAAGGUCCAGGUGAUUUACCGCCUCCCUCUAACCUAGUUAUUUCAGAAGUGACACCUCGUUCUUUCAGACUGAGAUGGACUCCACCUCCUGAGAGUGUUGAUAGAUACAGAGUUGAAUAUUACCCUACCUCUGGAGGUAGCCCUCAACAGUUUUAUGUAAGUAGGAUGGAAACGACGACAGUUCUGAAAGAUCUGAAUCCUGAAACAGAAUAUGUUGUUAACGUGUUUUCAGUGGUAGAAGAUGAAAGCAGUGAACCUCUAAUCGGCAGGGAAACAACUUUGCCAAUCUCUUCAGUUAGAAACCUGAAUGUUUAUGACAUAGGAUCAACUUCCAUGCGAGUGAGAUGGGAACCUCUCAAUGGAGCUACUGGUUAUUUGUUAAUAUACGAACCUGUGAAUGCCACAAUCCCAACCACAGAGAAAGAAAUGCGUGUUGGACCAUCAGUGAAUGAGGUUCAGCUGGUAGAUCUCAUCCCCAAUACUGAGUACACUUUAACAGCUUACGUAUUGUUUGGUGAUAUCACCAGUGACCCACUCACCACCCAGGAAGUGACAUUACCUUUGCCUGGACCCAGAGGAUUAAUGAUUCAGGAUGUUACUCACAGCAGCAUGAAUGUCCUUUGGGAUCCUGCCCCAGGCAAAGUUCGAAAAUACAUCCUAAGAUACAAAAUAGCUGAUGAAGCUGAUGUAAAGGAGGUGGAAAUCGACAGACUCAAAACCAGCACUACUCUCUCUGACCUUUCCUCACAAACCCUGUACAAUGUAAAAGUUAUUGCUGUAUAUGAUGAGGGGGAAUCCCUACCGAUAAAUGCAGAAGCUGUCACUCAGCCUGUGCCAGCACCAGUCAAUCUCAGAAUUACAGAUGUAACCACAAAUAGUUUUAGAGGAACUUGGGAUCAUGGAGCUCCAGAUGUCUCUUUAUAUAGAAUAACCUGGGGACCCUAUGGAAGAUCGGAAAAACAAGAGACUAUCUUAAAUGGGGACGAGAAUAGUUUGGUCUUUGAGAAUUUGAAUCCAGAUACAUUAUAUGAUGUCUCAGUUACUGCCAUCUAUCCUGAUGAAUCAGAAAGUGAUGACCUCAUUGGCAGUGAACGAACAUUACCCUUGGUACCUAUCACCACACAAGCCCCAAAGAGUGGCCCACGAAACCUUCAGGUGUACAAUGCAACUUCACACAGCUUGACUGUGAAGUGGGAUCCUGCCAGUGGUCGAGUGCAGAGAUACAGGAUCAUUUACCAGCCGAUCAGUGGGGAUGGCCCAGAACAGUCGACUAUGGUUGGAGGGCGACAGAACAGUGUGGUGAUACAGAAGCUGCAGCCUGACACACCAUAUACUAUUACUGUGUCAUCAAUGUAUGCAGAUGGUGAAGGGGGACGAAUGACAGGACGAGGCAGAACCAAGCCUCUCACUACUGUGAAGAACUUGCUAGUUUAUGACCCAACCACCAGUACUCUGAACAUUCGAUGGGAUCAUGCAGAAGGAAGUCCUCGCCAGUAUAAAGUGUUUUAUGGACCUACAGCUGGAGGUGCAGAAGAGAUGACCACAGUACCAGGAAACACAAACUAUGUCAUCCUGAGGACUCUUGAACCCAACACACCUUACACUGUAACUGUGGUUCCAGUUUUCCCAGAGGGAGAUGGUGGACGUGUCUCUGACACUGGAAGAACUUUGGAGCGAGGAACACCAAGAAACAUUCAAGUUUACAAUCCCACACCAAACAGCAUGAAUGUCCGAUGGGAACCCGCUCCAGGUCCAGUACAGCAAUAUAGAAUUAAUUACUCUCCACUGUCUGGCCCAAGGCCAUCAGAAUCUAUUGUGGUACCAGGCAACACUCGUGAUGUCAUGCUGGAGCGCUUGACGCCUGACACUGCUUACUCAAUAAAUGUUAUAGCUCUAUAUGCGGAUGGAGAAGGAAAUCCAAGCCAGGCACAGGGAAGAACAUUGCCUCGCAGUGGUCCAAGGAACGUAAGGGUGUUCGAUGAGACCACGAACAGCCUUUCUGUACAAUGGGACCAUGCUGAUGGGCCGGUCCAGCAGUACAGAAUCAUUUAUUCACCCACGGUGGGAGACCCUAUCGAUGAAUAUACAACCGUUCCUGGGAUAAGAAAUAAUGUGAUACUACAACCACUGCAAUCAGAUACGCCAUACAAAAUUACUGUUGUGGCUGUGUAUGAAGAUGGAGAUGGAGGACAACUGACUGGAAAUGGCAGAACUGUUGGCCUGCUUCCUCCUCAAAAUAUGUAUAUAACCGAUGAAUGGUAUACACGAUUCAGAGUUUCCUGGGAUCCUUCACCAUCCCCUGUUCUUGGCUAUAAAAUUGUAUACAAACCUGUGGGUUCAAAUGAGCCCAUGGAGGUUUUUGUGGGAGAAGUGACUUCCUACACCUUGCAUAAUCUGUCUCCCAGUACUACUUACGAUGUGAAUGUUUAUGCCCAGUAUGAUUCUGGAAUGAGCAUACCUUUGACAGAUCAAGGCACUACGUUAUAUUUAAAUGUCACUGACCUAACAAGUUACAAAGUGGGUUGGGAUUCUUUCUGUAUCCGAUGGUCACCUCAUCGAUCAGCAACUUCCUACAGACUGAAGCUAAACCCGGCUGAUGGUUCUAGAGGACAGGAAAUCACAGUACGUGGAUCUGAAACGAGCCAUUGUUUUACUGGCCUCUCACCAGACACAGAAUACAAUGCUACUGUCUUUGUUCAGACACCUAACCUUGAGGGACCUCCAGUCUCUAUGAGGGAGCAUACAGUUCUCAAACCUACAGAGGCACCAACUCCACCACCUACACCUCCUCCACCUCCCACAAUCCCUCCAGCUCGGGAUGUAUGCAGGGGUGCCAAAGCAGACAUAGUAUUCUUAACUGAUGCUUCCUGGAGUAUUGGUGAUGAUAACUUCAACAAAGUAGUGAAGUUUGUUUUUAAUACAGUAGGAGCCUUUGACUUGAUUAAUCCUGCUGGAAUACAGGUUUCAUUUGUCCAGUACAGUGAUGAGGCAAAAUCUGAAUUUAAACUGAAUACGUUUGAUGACAAAGCCCAGGCCUUGGGAGCUCUUCAAAAUAUUCAGUACAGAGGAGGAAACACAAGGACAGGCAAAGCCCUAACAUUUAUCAAAGAAAAGGUUUUGACUUGGGAGAGUGGCAUGAGGCGAGGUGUUCCCAAGGUACUUGUUGUUGUCACAGAUGGUCGGUCCCAGGACGAGGUGAGGAAAGCGGCAACAGUCAUACAGCACUCUG